CCCGGCGGGCGGCAUGAGCGCUGGCGGGGAGGCGGCAGGUGAGGGGCCCGGGGCCACCGCCCCCCCCGAAGAACCGUUCCCCCGCGGCGGGCCACGCUCGGCGGGGAGCAGCCCCGUGCCCAGCCCCGGCUCCCCGGUGCCUGAGGAGCCAUUGCAGAAACGACAAAGAACUGUGGAGGAUUUCAAUCAGUUCUGCACCUUCGUUUUGGCCUAUGCAGGCUACAUCCCCUACCCUGAAGAGAAUGAGCCCUGGACCCACGGAGGCAGCAUGAGUCCCCAGAACAGCACAGGGAGCACUCAGGACAGUGAUAGCUGGUCCUCAACCCACUCUUCUGACUGCCAUGUCCUGGUGGAUGAUGGGAGGAGCAGGAAUGCUGUGGCCCAGGGGGCUGUGGACAGCAGCCUGCUCAUGAGCUGCCCUCCCUUCCCCACUGGCUUCUAUGAUGUCCGGCCCCAGCAAACCAAACGGAAGAAACCACCAGCAAAGAAACUAAUUUUGGACCAGAAGGUGGAGAAGAGGGUGCCACUGAGUGCUGGGGAGGGCUUUGCGGCAGUGCAGGAAGGGGAAAAGGCACUGGCUGUGCUGGAGGGACAGGUGCCUCCUGUGAAAGAGCAGCUCCUGGAGCCUUCUCUCAAGCCAGCUGGUGACCACCAGCCCAACUGCCUGCUGGAGGAGCUGAUGAAGGAGGAGAAGGACUGGAUGCAUGAGGCACAGGGGACUGAGAAGACAUCAGGAUAUGAUUCUCAGCUACAAGAGCAUGAACCCUGCUCUGGAGGGAGGAAAAGUCCCAGUUCUUGCAGUACCUUGGACCAAAGUGAAGGGGAAGAUGCAAGCAGAGGGAGCUCCCAGCUUAGUGCAGUUGAAUUCACAGCAGCUCCCAACACCAAAGCAGAAGAUGAUGAUGCCUGGGAUCUGAUCACCUGCUUCUGCCUGAAGCCCUUUGCAGGGAGGCCCAUGAUUGAAUGUAAUGAAUGCGCAACCUGGAUCCACCUCUCUUGUGCCAAGAUCCGCAAAUCCAACGUGCCUGAGGUUUUCAUCUGCCAGCGAUGCCGAGAUGCCAAGCAGGAAAUUCGACGCUCAAACCGAGCUCGGACGGUGCCCCGCAAGCGCUUCUGUGACUGAAGCUCCUCCAGAGCAGGGAGGCCGGGGGUCCCCUUUUUAAACUGAAGACUGUAGCCCGGUUUGGCUAGACAAUCAAUGCACAGUGAUGGCAGGGGAGGGGCUGGCCACGGGACUGGACUGUCCCCCUUGCACUUCUGGCUCCUGGAAGCUGCCACACGCGUCCUCCCUGGGGAUCGCGUUGGCCACGGAGCUCGGUUACUCCAGAGGUGUGUGGGGGAGAGGAGGGUUGUCCAGCCACACACUAGGUCACUCUGAAACAUCUCUGUCCUUGCACAAAGCUGGUUCAGUGCCUUUUCCCCCAGGGCAGCCAAGGAGAACCUAGUCCUAGUAGUUUUUCUGUGGUGUGGUGGAAGCUUACACUUAUCUCAAGAUGUGACUCCCCUUCCUCCUUUUUCCUCACAGUUUUCCUUUCCUUGCCUCAGACCUUUGGGUGGGCUGUGGUGGCAAAGCCCCAGUGACACAAGUUCUCCUCCAGCAAUUAGGUGCAGCCCAGGUGAGCUCCCUCCAUGUAGUGUCCUGCUCUGCAGGGCAGGUGGGGGACAGGAUGUUGGUCCUGCUGGCACCUGUAGCAGACCGGGUCUCUAUGUCUUGGGGGGUAUUGGUAGAGCCAAUGAGCACAGGGGACCUCCUUCACCUGGCCCAUGGUGCUCCUGGUUUUGCAUGCUCUGCUCUGCCUGUGGCCCUAGAAUAGUCCUGCUGGGUCAGGAGCAUCAAAGGCAUCCUCUAAUAGAUGAUUACAAGGCUGUUCUGGCCAAGCAACCCUCCUUGGUUCACAUGCUCCAGUUGCACUGAGGUCUCCUGUGCAAAGGAGGGUAAGAUUCCUGGUAGCAGGCUACUGAAGUUAUCCUCAGCUGGCCAUGGCAGGGCUGGGAGCCCUUUGGAAGGGGAGGUAAGAGUGCUCUGGUUAGCUUUUUAUGUUUUCCAUUUCCAUUAUAAAACAACUGAAGCUUGUACCCUGUGGCCAUCUCCUGCCUGCAGGGCUGUCUGGUAGAGCAUUUGCUUCACCACCAGCUGGAUGCUGCUGAGUCCUGAGCUCAGAUGGAGCCAGGAGCUGGGAGGGCCUUGCUUCCCAGCACUCCCUCUAUCACAGAAGUUGUGGGUUUUUUUGUUCUUUUUUUUUCCUGGACAUGUAGAGUGAAACCUAAUGACUUGUCAAGGUUGGGCCCUGAGCCUCUUCUGCUAUGCAACUGCUGCUCUGGAGACAUGGGAUGUGCCCUCUCCAGGCCCCCAGUUAAGUUUGGCAGUAGAAGGUUUUUCCCUCUCCCUGUCCCCUGUGCACUGUGUGUGUGUGUGAUCUCCUGGGGCCCUGUGUGCACUCACUGUUGGAUCCCACCUUCUCCUCACAUCCCCUCCAAAGAACCUGGCCCACGUGCCUUCUGCACUUUCCCUGGGGGCUGCAGACCCCGCUCCUGUCCUGGUGACACUUGGCUUGGCCCAUAGCGGGGAGUGUAACAGCCUCCACUUGCCAGUCCCCACGACUGUAUUUCUUAAACUGGGUUCUUUCCUACUUGCACAUCUGGUUACAGUGGGACCACAACUGGGGGAGGGUGUGGGGCAGCCCCCUGUCACUCAGCAGCCCCCAGGCUUGUCCCUGUGCCUCUCUCCUCCUGUGGAAAGCCUGGGCCCCAAAAGUGCUUUAUGUUUUUUAUAGUUACUUUGUAUUGAUAUGUAAAAUAGCAAAUUCUGGUCCUUGCCCUGUGGAGUGUGGCUGGAGUCUUAUGUAUAUAAUAAAGUACUUUUGCCAUAA